CCAGCAUUCUGUUUCUGCCCCCCUUUCAGGAGAAUGGUGCCCCUGGAGAGGGCAUGAAAGUUCCAUGCCCCUCCCCACACCGCAGAUCUGACACAGAGGGAUGGGCUCAGAGAGAGGGGCUGCCCUGCUCCUAUCCAGGGAGCUGCCAAGGACUCCAGAGGAGGGAUGGACCUGAUGAUGGCCGGUGAGGGGGCACUGGCUAUUAACCCUGACAAUCCCAGUGGCCCAUUCUCGGGGUCCCAUCUCUGGCUCACCAGCCUGAUGUGGGAGGAGACUAAUUUCUGGAAGAAACUCUGGGUCCCAAUCCUCCCCCAAGUCUGCCCACGAACAGGCUGUUCUUGUUUACGACCCCCGGCUCAGGGGAACAGUGAUUGCUCAUCCCCACAUGUGAUGUGAGAGGCCGCUCUUGCAGGCCUGGAGGAAACUCAAGCCCCGCCAGCCAGGCGUGCUGGCACCGGAAUGCUCAGCUGGUCCCCUCCUGGGCUCAUGUGACCAGGGUCCAGCUAUAAAUAUCAGAGGGGCCUCAGACCAAGACAGAAUUUGGGCGCCAGGAGAAGAAGGUCAAGAGGCUCCGGCCGGGUGUUGUGUGACAAAGGCAAGACCCCAGGUCUGCUCAGAGAUAGGCAGGUAGAGGAGGCAGCCAGGUGGGCCCCACAGCGCUGGACAGUAUGGAUUAUAAAUCAAGCCUGAUCCAGGAUGGGAACCCCCUGGAGAACCUGGAGAAGCAGCUGAUCUGUCCCAUCUGCCUUGAGAUGUUUACCAAGCCGGUGGUCAUCUUGCCAUGCCAGCACAACCUCUGCCGGAAGUGUGCCAAUGACAUCUUCCAGGCCGCAAACCCCUACUGGUCCAGCCGGGGUGGCUCCAUGUCCAUGACCGGAGGCCGUUUCCGCUGCCCGUCCUGCCGCCACGAGGUGAUCAUGGACCGCCACGGGGUGUACGGCCUCCAGCGGAAUCUGCUGGUGGAGAACAUCAUUGACAUCUACAAGCUGGAGUGCUCAAGGCCCCUGCAGAAGGGCAGCCACCCCAUGUGCAAGGAGCACGAAGACGAGAAAAUCAACAUCUACUGCCUCACGUGUGAGAUGCCCACAUGCUCCAUGUGCAAGGUGUUUGGAGCCCACCAGGCCUGUGAGGUGGCCCCCCUGCAGAGUGUCUUCCAGGGACAGAAGACUGAACUGAGUAACUGUAUCUCCAUGCUGGUGGCGGGGAAUGACCGCGUGCAGACCAUCAUCACCCAGCUGGAGGACUCCAGUCGAAUGACCAAGGAAAACAGCCACCGGGUGAAGGAGGAGCUGAGCCAGAAGUUUGACGUGCUGUAUGCCAUCCUGGAUGAGAAGAAGAGUGAGUUGCUACAGCGGAUCACGCAGGAGCAGGAGGAGAAGCUCAGCUUCAUUGAGGCCCUCAUCCAGCAGUACCGGGAGCAGCUGGACAAGUCCACCAAGCUGGUGGAGACAGCCAUCCAGUCUCUGGACGAGCCUGGUGGAGCCAUCUUCCUCUUGAGUGCCAAGAAACUCAUCAAAAGCAUUGUGGAAGCUUCCAAGGGUUGCCAGCUGGGGAAGACAGAGCAGGGCUUUGAAAACAUGGACUACUUCACUUUGGAUUUAGAGCACAUAGCAGACACCCUGAGGACCAUCGACUUUGGGACAGAUGAGGAAGAGGAAGAAUUCAUUGAAGAAGAUCAGGAAGAGGAAGAGUCCACAGAGGGCAAGGAAGAAGGACACCAGUAAGGCGUUGGAUGAGGAAGAGACCUCUAGAUGCAGAGACUGGGAAGGGUGGGAUGGGCCCGGCUGCCUUGGUGACAGGCCCAGGGUGGGAGGGGUCGGGGCCCCUGGAGGUUCCCCGGGGAGAAGUGUCUUCUCUCUGCUCCUGAGAGCAGGGACUAGGAGUAGGACCCUCACCGCUGUGUCCAGCAGCCACCGAAGCAGAGUUGGAAAUGUGCUUGAAACAACCACACAGGACACUUUUCUACAUUGGUGCAAAAUGGAAUAUUUUGUACAUUUUUAAAAUGUGAUUUUUGUAUAUACUUGUACAUGUAUGCCAAUUUGGUGCUUUUUGUAAAGGAACUUUUGUAUGAUAAUGCCCGGUCAUUGUGUGACUGGCAAUUGUUAGAUGAGGGUAACGUACUGUAUUUCAGUGUCUAUCCCUGACGAGGGGAUGGUAACUGAGUUUGUUACAUGUUGUUUCAAUAAAUGCACAGUGCUCUCUUCCUGUUA